GAAAUAGAGCCAUAGUGGGCACCUAAGAACCAAGUGUCUGAGGACCGGACGUCUUUAGGACCAGGAGGAGCCGCCUUUUCCCAGUGCAGGGCGGUAAAUUCCUGUCAACCUAGCCUGAGAUCUGUUUUUCCUCCUGCUUCUGCCGCCCUCAUAUUUCCAGCCACCCGCUUUGCAUUUCUGCCUUGCAGCUCUAGCCCGGGGCUGGAGGCUAGCGGGUGUCAGGAGCGCCACAGGGUGGGGAGACAGCAGCAGCGGCAGCAGCCCCACAGACCUCCCAGCUCUGUGGCCGAUGCAGAGGCAAAGUUGGCUGCCUUUGUCGUACGGGGAUUGGGCUUGCUUUUGCUUGCUUUUCUCUCCUCCUUCAUCUCCGGAGGAGCCCGGCAGCUGUCCUCUCAGGCACAUACAUUGCAAUGCUCUUUGAGCCGAGAGGCGCACACAGCAGCCAUCCUUUGCGUUUGCUACCCGCUGGGCUCCAAGCUCCUUGAUUCCGAACCCACCCUCCUUUCCCUGUGAGCUUGGAGAGGGAGGUUCUUUUUGCUCCACCUCUCUAGGAGCCCACACUAGCUUCUUCCCCGCCUCUUCCUUCGCCCCUCUCAAUACUCCCAAGAGCCUGCGAAGCCGCUGCCCCGCGCCCGGAGCUCCCUGUGGCGCUCGGGGCAGCGCAGGGCUCCGGGUGCGGGUGAAGAAAUUAGAGGGACCACCGCAGCCCUCCCGGGGUGAUCAGAAGAGCGGGGCGUCGCACUGACCUGCAUUCCCCAGCUUACUGGAGGGGAGCGGUGUCGGUGAGGUUGUGCUCUCUGUCUGCUAUUCCGCUGGUUGCCCUGGGGUGCAGCUGUUGGGUCACCUUGUUCCCGAUAGGAAAAUGGGAGCCAUUAGGCAAAUGUGACCUGCAUUUUCAAGAUACCAGCAUAUAAUACUGCAGGGGAAGCAAAAACAAUAUGGAUGGCUUAAUUGAACAGAAUAGUGUAUUAAUGCACAGUAAAAUCAGUGAAGCUGGAAAAAGAAACGGCUUAAUUAACACCAGAAACUUAAUGGCAGAGAAUAGAGAUGGCCUGGUAUCUGUUUACCCAACACCCCAGUAUCAGAGUCACAUAGUGGGGAAUAUCUCAUCCCAGAGCUGCCUAGACAACAGCAGGAAUGAUCCAGUGCAGCAGUUACUGGAUCCCAAUACACUUCAACAGACUGUGGAGUCUCACUAUCGCCCCAAUAUCAUCCUGUACUCAGAGAAUGUGCUGCGUUCCUGGGGGGAGAGUGGCAGUUCAGACUGCUGUGAGACCACCUUUAUUGAAGACCGCUCACCUACCAAAGAUAGUCUGGAGUAUCCUGAUGGUAAAUUCAUCGACCUUUCCUCAGAUGACAUCAAAAUCCAUACUCUCUCCUAUGAUGUGGAAGAAGAAGAGGAGUUCCAGGAACUGGAGGUCCUUGAGAGUGACUAUUCAAGUGACACAGAGAGCGAGGACAACUUCCUGAUGAUGCCGCCAAGAGAUCACUUGGGUCUCAGCGUUUUCUCCAUGCUCUGCUGCUUCUGGCCCCUGGGAAUUGCUGCCUUUUAUUUGUCUCAUGAGACUAACAAAGCUGUGGCCAAGGGUGACUUCCACCAAGCCAGCACCAGUUCCCGACGGGCACUCUUCUUGGCUGUGCUCUCCAUCACCAUUGGAACUGGCCUCUAUGUGGGAGUGGCUGUGGCGCUGAUUGCCUAUCUCUCCAAAAACAAUCAUUUAUGAGUCCCUGGCAAAGGAAAUAAGGAGGAGGAACUCAGUGGAUGAAGAGAAACCAGAGCUGAGUUGAUGGAGAGAAGAUGAUCCCUGGUAUGGGGGACCAGGAAGACAAACCCAUGUGAUAUUACUCAUUAUGAAUCACAAAACAACUCCAUGAAGCCCUGAAUUUUUCUGUCUGUAUCUUAUUUUCUUUCUUUUUGGUCUUUUAAAGGCCUUUUGCACCAUUGUGCUGAGCAGAACUGAAUACUUAUAGAAAGAAGACUCCAGCAGAGAUCCCAAACUGUGAGACAUCUCUGGUUUGUUUCUGACUGAUUAAUUAAUACUGUGUCUACAUGGGACUCAUAAGAAGUACUGCUAUCAGUGCUAGCAAUGAGCAAACAGAAUAAUGGACUGUAUUUUGUGGACUAUAGGGCUCCAAAGACAGAGAGUACAAGGUAUAUAUCAUGAUUUCAUAUUGGCACUGCUUGAUCCCUCUUGCAUACCUUUGAUACUACCCCAGAAGAAAAUAAAAGACAAAAAAACUAUCUCCCUGUCUUCAUAAGCUGGGGGUGAGGAGCUAACCAGCUCCCAGAUCCCUUCCUCAGCUGACAUUACCCCAUGAGCCAGCCUAGCCCCAGAAUGCAGGACCAGAAUAGCAUGGAAUAUGUCUUCAUCUCCACCACUGCUUCUUCUCCAUGGUGACUACAAAGUGAGGCUAUAAUGGGCCUUCUCUGAGUUUUUAAGUUAAAGAGAGACCAGGUGCUCUGUGAAAAAAAAAAAAAAAGGAGAAUGGCAAAGAAAGGACUGAACCUAAAUAGGAGAAAGAAGCAAAGAAUCCCUCUAAUGGACUCUCUUCCCUGUGCACAGCUGAGCCGAACACAAGCACUGUAACCUCAUGGCAACAGAGCUUACCAACCCCAAGACUUGAGACUCAGCCUCAGAAUGAAGAAAUAUAGGGACAUUUUUUUUUUUUUUGCUUUGUUGUCACUCACCUCAAUGAUAAGCAAUGUACUUAGCUAUCUUGUGAAGGAGUUGAACGCUAUCCUUACUUUCUUGACUAAAUGAAUAGCUUAUUUUCUCUUCAUAUUUUUUUUUAAAGUAGCAAUCAUUGCUUCGUGUUACUCAGUUUAUCAGAAGAAUGCUGAGAAAAUAAUAAUCACAGCCAUUUUAAUACUGUUUCAUGUCUAUUUUCUCAGUGAUAUUUAUUUAACAAAAAAUAUCUUUUAGGAUCAAUUUUUUGGUCUUUUCUUUGGGGUUUGUUUCAAACAAUUGGCUUUUAUUCUUAAGGGGGGAAAAAAAACCCUUUAAAAUAUCACUAACCUUCCACUGGAAGCAAAUGUGCCAAACUGUCUCCAUUAAGACCAUAAUCCCAACUUUCUUGACUUUAUUCAUUAGCAUAAAGAUCAACAACCUGAUCUUAAUGACAUCCAAAAGCAUAUGAAUGAUGUCUUUGUGGAAGUAAGCAACAUUCUCUAACAACUUUGACUUAUUGCUCAUUCAUCCUGAGUUCCUUAAAUAUCAGUAAUCUCAUACUUGAGCAUCUCAAGGUUAUGGAGAGAGAACAAGUGGUAUAAUGGACAAAAGGAUGA